UAUUUUAAUUUUGUAAACAAAUAGCAAAGAUAGUUUUAGUAGAUUAUAUCUGGGCUGUAGUGACCCAAUUAUCUGGUCAAAGGGCUGCAUGGAUGCAAGAGACAGGGUGAGUUAAAGUUUAACUCCCAGGAAUUGUAAACCAAACCUAAAGCCACUGAACCUUUGGAGUUUGAUAUGACGAUUAGAGCAUAACCCAAGUAACACGUUGAAUUCGCCAUAAUCAAGGAAACCUUUUCCGGGUGGGGAUCUCUGAAAUUACUCAGUGAGCAACCCUAAUUAACCUGAUUUUUUGCUGAUAAUCACUCUCAAUGGAAUCAAAUCACAAAUCCGGGGAUGGAUUGAGCGGCACCCAGAAGGAAGCAGCCCUCCGCGCACUGGUCCAGCGCACAGGAUAUAGCUUGGUCCAGGAAUUUAGAGGUUCCUAUAGAUGGAAGCAGUGUGUCUGGGCACGUGCCCAGAGCCAGAAGUAAGAAGUAAGCAGGAAUUCUACAGCAAUUCCUGACCUCAAAAAAAGGAAAUAAUGCUUUGCAGUUCAUCGUUAUGCAAACUUUGCUGGAAAAGGAAAAUGGACAAAGAAAAUAUGGUGGCCCUCCACCUGGCUGGGAUGCUGCACCCCCUGAAAGAGGCUGUGAAAUUUUUAUUGGAAAACUUCCCCGAGACCUUUUUGAGGACGAGCUUAUACCAUUAUGUGAAAAAAUCGGUAAAAUUUAUGAAAUGAGAAUGAUGAUGGAUUUUAAUGGCAACAAUAGAGGAUAUGCAUUUGUAACAUUCUCAAAUAAACUGGAAGCCAAGAAUGCAAUCAAGCAACUUAAUAAUUAUGAAAUUAGAAAUGGGCGCCUCUUAGGGGUUUGUGCCAGUGUGGACAACUGCCGAUUAUUUGUUGGGGGCAUCCCAAAAACCAAAAAGAGAGAAGAAAUCUUAUCGGAGAUGAAAAAGGUUACUGAAGGUGUUGUCGAUGUCAUCGUCUACCCAAGCGCUGCAGAUAAAACCAAAAACCGAGGCUUUGCCUUUGUGGAGUAUGAGAGUCAUCGAGCGGCUGCCAUGGCAAGGAGGAAACUGCUACCAGGAAGAAUUCAGUUAUGGGGACAUCCUAUUGCAGUAGACUGGGCAGAGCCAGAAGUAGAAGUUGAUGAAGAUACAAUGUCUUCAGUGAAAAUCCUAUAUGUAAGAAAUCUUAUGCUGUCUACCUCUGAAGAGAUGAUUGAAAAGGAAUUCAACAAUAUCAAACCAGGUGCUGUGGAGAGGGUGAAGAAAAUUCGAGACUAUGCUUUUGUGCACUUCAGUAACCGAGAAGAUGCAGUUGAGGCUAUGAAAGCUUUAAAUGGCAAGGUGCUGGACGGUUCCCCCAUUGAAGUCACCCUAGCAAAACCAGUGGAUAAGGACAGUUAUGUUAGGUACACCCGAGGCACAGGUGGAAGGGGCACCAUGCUGCAAGGAGAGUACACCUACUCUUUGGGCCAAGUUUAUGAUCCCACCACAACCUACCUUGGAGCUCCUGUCUUCUAUGCCCCUCAGGCUUAUGCAGCAAUUCCCAGUCUUCAUUUCCCAGCCACCAAAGGACACCUCAGCAACAGAGCCAUUAUCCGAGCCCCUUCUAUUAGAGGGGCUGCGGGAGUGAGAGGACUGGGCGGCCGUGGCUAUUUGGCAUACACAGGCCUGGGUCGAGGAUACCAGGCCAAAGGAGACAAAAGAGAAGACAAACUCUAUGACAUUUUACCUGGGAUGGAGCUCACCCCAAUGAAUCCUGUCACGUUGAAACCCCAAGGAAUUAAACUCGCUCCCCAGAUAUUAGAAGAGAUUUGCCAGAAAAAUAACUGGGGACAGCCAGUGUACCAGCUGCACUCUGCCAUUGGACAAGACCAAAGACAACUAUUCUUAUACAAAAUAACUAUUCCUGCUCUAGCCAGCCAGAAUCCUGCAAUCCACCCUUUCACACCUCCGAAGCUGAGUGCCUAUGUGGAUGAAGCAAAGACAUACGCAGCCGAAUACACCCUGCAGACCCUGGGCAUCCCCACUGAUGGAGGUGAUGCUGGCACCAUGGCUACUGCUGCUACUGCUUUCCCAGGAUAUACUGUCCCUAAUGCAACUGCACCUGUGUCUGCUGCCCAACUCAAGCAAGCGGUAACCCUUGGACAAGACUUAGCAGCAUAUACAACCUAUGAGGUCUACCCAACUUUUGCAGUGACUGCUCGAGGGGAUGGAUAUGGCACCUUCUGAAGAUACUUUUUUAAGUUUAAGAAUAAGACACACAAAACUCUAUUAAAAAAAAAAAAAAAAACUCUAACUCGGUCCCCCAAUGAUCAUAAAUAAUAUCUUUCCUAAAGAAAUGCCUUUCCAGAGACAGUAUAGCUUAUAUCAAUUGUAGAAUCGUGAAG